CCUUCUCUCCCCGCCAUGGCUUGUGCUCGUCCACUGAUAUCAGUGUACUCUGAAAAGGGAGAAUCUUCUGGCAAAAAUGUUACUUUGCCUGCUGUGUUCAAGGCUCCCAUUCGACCGGAUAUCGUGAAUUUUGUUCACACCAACUUGCGCAAAAACAACAGACAACCCUAUGCCGUCAGUGAACUAGCAGGUCACCAGACUAGUGCUGAGUCUUGGGGUACUGGCAGAGCGGUAGCCAGAAUUCCCAGAGUUCGAGGUGGUGGGACUCACCGCUCUGGCCAGGGUGCUUUUGGAAAUAUGUGUUGUGGAGGGUGCAUGUUUGCACCAACCAAAACCUGGCGUCGCUGGCACCGUAGAGUAAACACGACUCAGAAGCGCUAUGCCAUCUGCUCUGCCCUGGCUGCUUCCGCCUUACCAACCCUGGUCAUGUCUAAAGGUCAUCGAAUUGAGGAAGUUCCUGAACUUCCUUUGGUGGUUGAAGAUAAAGUUGAAGCUUACAAGAAGACCAAGGAGGCAGUUUUACUGCUUAAGAAACUUAAGGCCUGGAAUGAUAUCAAAAAGGUCUAUGCUUCUCAGCGAAUGAGAGCUGGUAAGGGCAAAAUGAGGAAUCGCCGGCGUAUCCAGCGCAGGGGACCAUGCAUUAUCUACAAUGAGGACAAUGGUAUCAUCAAGGCCUUCAGAAACAUCCCUGGAAUUACUCUGCUUAAUGUAAGCAAGCUGAACAUUUUAAAACUUGCUCCUGGUGGGCAUGUGGGCCGUUUCUGCAUUUGGACUGAAGGUGCUUUUCGAAAGCUGGAUGAGUUGUAUGGCACUUGGCGUAAAGCUGCUUCCCUCAAGAGUAACUACAACCUUCCCAUGCACAAGAUGAUCAAUACAGACUUAAGCAGAAUCUUGAAAAGCCCUGAGAUCCAAAGAGCUCUCCGAGCACCACGCAAGAAGAUUCAUCGCAGAGUCCUUAAGAAGAACCCACUGAAAAACCUGAGAAUCAUGUUGAAGCUGAAUCCAUAUGCAAAGACCAUGCGCCGAAACACUAUUCUUCGCCAGGCCAAGAAUCACAAACUCAGGGUGGCUAAGGCGGCAGCAGCCCUAAAAGCAAAAUCAAAUGCGAAGGAAGUUCCAGGCAAGAAACCACCUGUGGUAGGGAAGAAAGGAGGGAAGCAGACUGUUGGUGUGAAAAAGCCGGUGGUGGGAAAGAAGGCUGCAGCAAGCAAGAAACCAGCAGCUGAGAAGAAGAAACCAGCAGAAAAGAAGCCUCCCACAGAAGAAAAGAAGCCUGCUGCAUAAAUUCUCCACAUUUGUUUAGCCCAAACAAGUCAAAUAAUUUUGGACAGCGUAUUUUGAAUAAAGACAGACCUGGUCAAAGAGGCAGUAAGAA